UGUGAAGAUCGCACUUAUACUUAUUCUUCUUCUUCAUCUUCUUCCUUUGAUUUUAACAGAAGAAGUUAAACCCUAAAUCUAUGGAGGCUGAUUAUGAUGUUUCUGAAGAAGAAGAAUUCGCUUUCUCCAGGAACUACUUUCUGGCAAAGGAACUCGCCAGUUCAGGUAAGAAAUCCGGUCAUAAACUUACCGACAUCAAUCUCGUUGACGAACAGGUUUUAAGAGAUGCGGCAUCAAAUCUCGAGACUAAACACGACAAAGAAAUCGCAUCUUUGAUGAAUCGAUACAAGGAUCUCUACUCACAGUGGUCCUUUCAGCUUAGGUGUGGAUUCGGUCUUUUGAUGUAUGGAUUUGGAUCUAAAAGAACUUUACUCGAGGAUUUCGCAUCAACGUCAUUGACUGAAUACACCGUAGUUGUAAUAAACGGUUAUCUUCAAUCAAUUAACCUUAAACAGGCAGUUGUUUCUAUUGCUGAAGUUCUAUCAGAUGAUUUGAAAUCAAGGCGGAAAACUUCCUUAGGGAAAUCGCCUAAACUUCAACAACCAUUUAAUACCAGGUCCAUAGAUGAUCUCAUUUCCUUUCUCGAUGGACCUCACGAGGAUGGAAAUGAAUCGCUUGUUUGUAUUCUCAUCCAUAAUAUUGAUGGUCCGGGACUUAGGGACUCUGAAACCCAACAAUAUCUUGCAAGAUUAGCUUCUUGUUCUCAUAUACGUAUAGUUGCCUCUAUCGAUCAUGUGAAUACACAUCUUUUGUGGGAUAAGAAGAUGGUGCAUACACAAUUCAAUUGGUAUUGGCAUCACGUCCCAACAUAUUUGCCAUACAAGAUUGAAGGAAUGUUCUACCCUUUGAUACUCGCACAUGGUGGAACCACACAAAGGAUCAAGACAGCCUCCAUAGUUUUGCAGAGCUUGACACCUAAUGCUCAGAAUGUUUUCAAGGUUCUUGCUGAAUACCAACUUGCUAAUCCCGAUCUAGAAGGAAUGCCGGUAAAUAACCUCUACAAUGUAUGUCGAGAGCGGUUUCUGGUGAGCAGCCAGAUAACAUUGAAUUCACAUUUGACAGAGUUCAAGGAUCACGAGCUUGUAAAGACGAAGAAAAACCCUGAAGGACAAGAUUGUCUUUAUGUCCCUCUUGCAACUGAUGCCCUUGAAAGGGUUGUGACUGAAAUUUGUCAAUGAAAAUAUUAUUAGGUUAAUUAUAAGCUGGAUUGUAUUGUGAAAUUUUCAUCUCCUUGUUACAAUAUGUUGGAGCUUAUGGACAAGGUCAAAAGUGGCAAUUAAGUUCUUAUUAUCGAGAA